AUGGGACCUCCCAUAUCUACGGGAACCUUUUGGUCACCCCGCAAGUCUAUGACAAGAAUCUUCAUUUUAGUAGUUUUUGGCUUAAUACUGUUUCUAUACAGUAUAACUCCUGCUGCGACAUACUGGUCAAAAAGCUUCGAAACACAAAUUAUUCACGUCCAAUAUAACGCUUCCCAGUCAUCCCCAAGCCCGACACUCGGAUACCCUUAUCCAACCUCUACAGGCAUAAACUCGUCUCCAUCACAAGACUGUUCCCUCAACUUAACUAGAAUACAAAUGUUACAGAAACAACAUAGUCUGAGUGAUAAAAUUGAAUAUGUACGGCGCCAUAUUCAUUUCCAUCGACAGGAUAUUAAACGAAGUCCCAUGACCAAAAUCGAUGAAAUCUUAUUCCCAGUCGGUUUUGAAACGAUAGACAUUUUUAACUUACCUACUCAUAUAUCAUGUCCGGCUCCACUCAAUGUGCCUGUCACAGCAUCUGGAACCCCUAAAUCUGUAGACGCGUCUGAAUUUCUUUUUGGUAUAUCGACUACCUUUUCUAGACUAAAUGAUCCCAAAAUUUCUCCGGUUGUUGAAUGGGCUCACUGGCUGACUGACGGAAAUGGAAAAUCAAACGGUGCGGGACUCGUUCUCCGACUUGUCGACGCAACGGAACGCGAGCUUAGUGAUAUUCAACAUUGGCUCUUAUUUCUUGGUAUUGAUGCCAAAGUAUAUGCUUCAGACUCUAGCAUUGAGAUGGCACAACGCUACUUGUCUCUUUUACCAACUCUUUAUGAAGACAGUUCCCGCCCAAAUCGCAAAUGGCUUGUACUUUGCGACGAUGAUACAUUCUUCCCAUCAAUGAAUCGUCUUACUCAAAAGUUUUCAACUAUCAAUGCUUCUGAACCACUCUACAUUGGAACCUUUUCUGAGGAUGUCAAUAAUAUUCAGCGCCAUGGCUCACAAGCCUUUGGAGGGGCUGGAGUAUUCUUUACGACGACGUUAGCCGGCCAGAUUGCCCAGCUUUACCCAGCUUGUAGUACGCGGCAGAAAAUUGACGAAUCAAAUACUGGUUGGGGCCCACAGGGAGACAUACUCCUUCGCAAAUGUAUCUACGAGAAUACAGAAGUGCGCCUAACUAUGCUGCGUGACCUUCAUCAACUUGACAUUAUGGGUGAUCCCUCUGGAUUCUACGAGUCUGGAUUGGCACCCCUUAGCUUACAUCACUUUAAGGGGGGUAUGUGGCAUGAAGCUAAACCCUAUGCAGGUGUUCAGGUCAUACAUACUUGUGGAGAAGAUUGUUUUCUACAACGCUUCCAAACUGCAGACAACUUUAUUAUUUCUAACGGUUACAGCGUUGCGCAUUACCCUCAUGGAAUCGACUUUAAUAUUCAUCAGAUGGAACGAACCUUUUCUUCUGCGCCGGAUGACUACGGCUGGAACCUAGAUUUUAUGCUUGGACCCGGUCGUAACAGUCUAUUGGGGACUGGGCGCAAGAUAGCUUGGGAACUCAAGGAAGCGAACCGUGAACCAGAUGGGACUGUGCGACAGAUUUAUAUUCGCAAAGUCAAUGAUAUCAGGUGGACUUUUGCAGAAGGCAACGUUCACUUUCCCAUGUCUGACAAUGAUGGCGUUGUGGAACUAGUGUGGAUACCUUGA